AUGUCUCGAGACGUUAUCGAGCACUGCCAGGACAUGGCAGCGGCUGUUGUGUCUGCAGAGGCGCCUGGCGUGCAGCCGGCGGCGCCGGCCGGGCUUCCAGAGGUGUUGGGAGGGGCGGCUGCGGAGUACGCGCAGCUGUGGGCCGGGCUGGGGUCCUUGUAUGGCCUCAACCUGGCCAUCAAGAGUGGCUUGGUGCAGGCUGGCGUGGCCUUCCCCAGCUCCCUGGUGGGCAUGUUCCUGGUGGUGGGGCUGCUGGCAGCGCUGGACGACGAGUCAUCUGAGAAGCUGACAGAGUUUUACGGGCCUGCGCUGACGUGGAUCGCGCGGUGGCUGCCCAUCUUCUACGUGCCAUCGCUGGUGACGCUGCCCCUGGGGCUACAAGGCGUGGAUGGCGCUGACCUUGUGCGCAUCGUGGGGCUGCUGGCUGUCGGCAUGACGGCCACCUUGCUGUUCACGGCCCAGAUCACUGUCGCGAUCCGAGAAGCGGUCAAGACCCCGGUCAUCCCCAUUGCGAAGGGCAAGCCUUACAAGCCCUUCGAGGCCUCACACUUCGCCGCCUGGGGCGCCCUCGCCGCCGGCUCCCUCGCGGUCACCGCCCUCGGCGACGCCGACGCGGCCGCCGCCGCCGCGCUGCCGUUUGGGCUGGCGGCCACCAUUGGAGGCUACCUCGUAGGCGGCCUGGUGCCCUCGAGGCUGCACGGGGCGCUGCACCCGGUGGUGGUCACGGCGGCGGUGGCAAACGCGGGCAUCGCCGCGCACGGGGCGCUGGUGGGCAUGAGCUAUGAGGCGGCGCAGCAGGCAUACCUGGCUAAGGGCGCCGGCCCCAUGGGCGCGGGCGACCUGCUGAUGUCAUUCCUGGGCGUCGUCAUCAUCUCAUUCGGCUUCCGGGUCUAUGCGCAGCGCGACACCAUGAAGCGCCACUUCCCCGAAAUCGCGGGCGCCACCACCCUCAGCAGCGCAUUCAGCCUGUUCAGCACGGCGCUGGGCGCCAAGGCCCUGGGCCUCUCGCAGGGCCUUGCGUUGGCGCUCAUCCCGCGUAGCGUGACAGUGGCGCUGGCCGUGCCCAUCGCGCAGCAGCUGGACGCGCCACUGUCCAUUACGGCAGCUGCUGUCCUGCUACAGGGCAUCCUGGGCGCCAAUUUUGGGCCAAGCCUUAUGACGCAGGCCGGCAUCAAGGACACCAUUGCUAGGGGUCUGUCCGCGGCCGCCACUGCCGGCGGCCUGGGUACCGCCAGCCUCACGUCCAAGGAGCCGGAGGCGCUCCCUUACUGCGCCCUGAGCUACGCCCUGGUGGGCAUCACGAGCACAGUGCUGAUGAGCUCCCCCCUCGUGCGUGACGCCAUCGUCGCCAUUGUGUCCGGCUGA